AUGAAAAUGGCAAUCGUCUCGCCUGGCUGUUUGUCCGCCUCUCGCCUCUUUCAUGGAAACUCUCUUUUCAUGAAGAAAGAUCAUCGUCGGUGGACAUGGGAAUCGCCCAAUGGCGGGACUCGUGCGGAGAUCGCCAACAUACUCACCAACCGGAGGCAACGAAGGAGAAAAGAAGUCGUCUACGACGAUUGCCUACUCGAGGACUCCUUGUCCCAAGGUGACUGGUACAUCGAGAAGAACCCAAACAUGGACUACGAGAUACUCUUCAAAGCCGGAAACAAGAAACUCGAAGAUGAGAAUCGCUCUGGUCGACCGACAGCAAUAUCGUUCGACGAACUGAAGAUUCUGGGGAGCAGCAUCCAAAUGAAGGUGUGCGGUAUUUUGCUGCCAGCCUUGGCUGUUCGCUGUCCACGGCGUCUUUGGCAACCGCCAAAGACGCCUGGACAUCUGCACUCAGCGCUCUCCAGAAGCCGCAGAUUUAACUGGUUGGACACCAUUGUCACUGGAGAUGAAAAAUGGGUCCUCUACGUCAACCACACUCAAAAACGUGUGUGGUGCCCAGACGAUGAAAUGCCGGAUCCUUCCGUGAAAGGGGAAAUCCAUGAGAAGAAGGUCAUGCUGCGCGUCUGGUGGGGAGUUCAUGGAAUCUACCGUUUCGAACUGCUGCCGGACAAACGACAGUUACUGCUGAGGUCUACUGCGCUCAUCUGCAAACACUGCCGACAAGAUCCGCAAGGAGUACCCGAAGCUCGACAACGUUCGCCUGCUGCACGAUAA